AUGAUUUUAUAUGAUGCAAUCUUCAUCAUCGAGCUCUUCUUGAAGAACUGGGAAGGCAAAUAUGAUCUUUUGCUGGAAAAAUCACGCUUAUAUUCACGUUUAAAACAAGACUUGCAAUUGCUUGAAAACCAACUUCCAUACUUCAUCCUAGAAAAAGUAUACAGUUUAGAUAAAAUUGAAAGAGAAAACUAUCCAGGUGUCUUCAUUGAUCUUUCUCGUAAGUUCAUCUAUGAUAACUUUUCUAAUAGAGAACUUUCUGGUCAAGCAACAGUUCAGCAUUUCACUGAUUUGAGAAGACAUGAUUUAGUACAAAACCUCCCUGAAGAAUCUGGUCAACCUUUCUCAAAUUUACGUUGUGCAGCCAAACUGAAUGAGUCAGGAGUGAAGUUUAAGGGUAUUGAGGGAGGUUGUUUACUUAACAUACUACGAGAAAAGAGAAAUUCUAAAAUCCCAAUUCCAUUCCUCAGUGGAGUUGAAUUAAAAAUUCCACAAAUUGAAGUUGUUGAUCCCACAGAAACUGUGAUACGAAAUCUGAUGGCACUAGAACAAUGCCAUUAUCCAUCAGACACUCACAUCUGUAACUAUAUCAGUUUCAUGGUUGAUCUUAUCAAGACAGAGAAGGAUAUAGAUUUGCUUAUUGAAAAGGGAAUUAUUUUAAACGGUAUGGGCGAUAAUGCUACAAUCGCGCAGAUGUUUAAUAGACUUGGCCUAAACAUUGAUUUAAGUGCAUCCUGUUACAGUGGUAUUGUCAAUGAUCUAAAUGCACAUUAUAAAAAUGGUUGGAACCAUUCCAGGGCAACCUUGAAGCGUGUUUAUUUCAGCAAUCCAUGGAAAGGCACUGGAACUAUUGCUGGAAUUAUACUGCUACUACUUACAUUCAUACAAACCAUUUGUUCCAUUAAGCAAGUUUUCUGGUCUUAG